GUAAAUGCGCACUUGAAAUGCAGCAGCUGCUGGCUUGACUAUGUGAAAACGAGAGGCGGCUGUCUUGACCGCAGUUCAGCAGCCGCCACGGUGUGUCCAUUUGUUUGUUUGUCGGGUUGUUUCGGCAGGUUACCGGGAAGCAGACCGACUGGGUCAGGUCUGGUCCACACGGAGGUCCGGUGAAGGACAGCUUUUACCUGUGCGGUCUGUAUCCUGACUUGUUUCAUCAUUAGACCUUCCUGGGUUUUUACUGGGAACCUGCAUCAAGCCUGCCAGCCUCUCCAUCCACAGCUGCACUAUGAGUGUAUGAUGUCUGAGAGCAGCUGCUAUGGCCUGCAGUGGCGGUCAGAGCAAUGCAGAAACACUGGAGGGGUUCCAUGAGGUGAACUUGGCCUCGCCCACCACACCUGACCUUCAGAAGCAAACAGAGCAGCCCCCCCCUGCCCGUCACAGCACCCCACCCACCUCUCUGUACCGCACCCACUCUCUGGGACCGCCCCCUGCUGGCCUCCCUACUUCCCUGAGGGCAGAUCAGCUCCCCACGCAGCCGGUUUACUCCACACCGCGACACAGCCACAAUGGAAGCGUUUUGGGUCUGGAGGCCGAGGCAGCCGAGGGCAACUUCCUGUCUGGAGAGGAUGGGGAGGAGUGCAGCGCUUUGAGCGACAGCUUGUCGCGGCUGCGCAGCCCGUCGGUCAUGGAAGUCCGAGAGAAAGGAUAUGAGAGGCUGAAGGAGGAGCUGGCAAAGGCUCAGAGGGAGCUGCUGUUGAAGGAUGAGGAGUGUGAGAGGUUGUCUAAAGUCAGAGACCAGCUCGGCCAGGAGCUGGAGGAGCUCACCGCCAGUCUCUUCCAGGAAGCCCACAAGAUGGUGAGAGAAGCAAACGUCAAACAGGCAAAUGCAGAGAAGCAGCUGAAAGAAGCUCUGGGCAAGAUCGAUGUCCUCCAGGCUGAAGUCCAGGCCUUGAAGACACUGGUACUCUCCUCCCCCACCUCCCCCGUAGGUGAGCUUCCCUCUGUAGGAGGUGGAGGAGUGAAGACCCCCUUCAGGAAGGGCCACAGCCGGAACAAAAGCACCUCCUCUGCCAUUCUGGGGACGCAGCCCGACCCAUCGGCUACACAGCCCAUCGUACGGGAGUGUAGAGAGGUGGACAGUCAGCUGUUCAGUGAGUUCAAGGCAUGGAAGGAGGAGCCGACGCUUGACCGGACCUGCUGCUUCCUGGAGAGAGUCUACCGUGAGGACAUCUACCCAUGUCUCACCUUCAGCAAGAGCGAGCUGGGUUCGGCCAUCCUAGAAGCCGUGGAGCAGAACGCUCUCAGCGUGGAGCCCGUGGGUUUCCAGCCGCUGCCUGUGGUCAAAGCAUCAGCGGUGGAGUGCGGAGGACCAAAUGAGCGAAGGGCUGAGCUGGUCACAAAAUGCGCCCUGAGCGGUCAGACCAAAACCUGUAAGCACAGAAUCAAGUUUGGAGACUCGUCCAACUAUUACUACGUCUCUCCUUUCUGUAGAUAUAGAAUCACAGCUGUGUGUAAUUUCUUCACCUACAUUCGCUACAUCCAUCAAGGGCUGGUCAAACAGCAAGACGCGGAGCAGAUGUUCUGGGAGGUGAUGCAGCUCCGACGGGAAAUGUCCUUCGCCAAGCUCGGCUACUACAAAGACCAGCUGUGACCAGAUGCACAGCCCCGCCCUCCAAUCACAGCAGACUCUUUACAGAAGCCCCGCCCACUCCUCCGGUUCGGGUUUCCCUACAGUCAUCGUUCAUUUCUGGAGCCACUUGACGCCUCCGCCCGCCCUCCUCAUCUGUGUGUGUGAGCGUUUCAGUGUGUGUGGUUGUUUUCAGUCAUCACAACAAAAAAAGGGACUGAAAGACGGCGACUUCAGCGUUCCGUUGAUACGGAUCUGGACUGGAACCCAGUUUGAUAUUUUCUCUUUACCAAGACGCAAGACACUCCGUUAGAUGAAGGCGACUGACAUGAGAAGAAAACUGUUUCCUCACGUUUAAAAACAAAGAGAAAAUUACUUUUCACGCAUUAAAUCAGUUUGAUAAAGAUCAAACAGGUUUUCCUAAAUUAUUUAAUUCAGCCAGAAGAUGCAGCUGCUGCUUGGAGAAACCGAAUAUUUUAAGACAUGAAGCUACAAGAUCUUUAACAUUAGAAUAAAAUGAAGUGUUUAAUCCAAGUUCAAAUUUGAGGAGAAAAAUGUCCAUGUCUGAAAAAAUGAUUCAAGAAUUAUUAAAAUUUAAUAGUUUUCAUUUACUAGAAAUUCAUUAAAGUAAAUUUGUUAAAAUACACAAAAGGGUCAGUUAAAUGAAACAUGAAAAUUCAGUGUUUUAAAAUAAAGUUGUAAUAUUUCAGGUUCUUUAUUGGAGCCAAAUUAAACUUUUUUUUUUAUUAUUAUUAUUUAAACUUGAAAUUAUUGCUGGCCAAAAUCUUCUCAAAAAUAGUUGGAAAAGUUAAUAAAGUUGUCCUUGUAAAAUUCUGACUAAAAUGAUAAAAUAUUUGAAGACAAAUCAUUUUUCUGACACUUGUUAUGCUUUUUUCAGAUUUAACUAUUAGAAUUUCUUAAAUUUCAACUUUAUUGUGAAAACGUUUGAUUUGUCACACCAAAAAUAAGGCCCGGUACUUCUUUAACAAUUUUCCCUUCAAAAUUAUACUUCAAGUUUAAUAAAAUUUAAUGAGUAUGAUGAUGAAUAAAAUUAACAUUUCUAUUGUAUUUUUACAAAUCUUGAUUUUUUUUUUUUUUUUGUCAAAUGUCUCGUGUAAACUUUAAAACUACAUUUCAGGAAAACCAGAAAUCCGACAACUUCAUCCGAGAAUCAGCUGUCGUUAAAUAAUGAAACUGUGUAUAAGCUCAUAUUUAAAUUAGUUCAUGUAGAAGGAAAUGAUGGAAGGAUGGAAAAAGUUGAGUUUUUAAUCAUUUGAUGGACGUAUGCUGCAAAGAUAAUCAGAGGAUCUUGAUGAAUCAAAUUAAAUUUCUUUAUCGAGACGAUAAAUUUCGUCUCUUUAUGCAGGAAAAUAUUUGAUGACCUUGUGACUUUCUGCUGUUUUGUUGUUGGGGGGUUUAGACUCUUGUGAAACUUGAGCAGAGCUAUUGAAGCACUACCUUUUUUUUUUUUCCCUGCAGACACAAUGCUGACAUGUUGAACAGCUCCUGCUGUAUUUAAUCAGGAAUGGUGUAGAUAGUGAGCUGUGUGUGAAUGCCUGCAGGUCUGUGAAUUCUGUGUUAACGUAAACUGAGUCCACUCCUCCGCAUCUCCGUCUCACUCCCGGUUUGGUUUAGUGCCUUUUCUCUCAGACACUCUGAAAUAAAUACAGUAAUACCUCUA